AGUAAAUUAUGUAAUAUAUUAGCUCAGUGGACGAACAUAAUUAUUUAUAAAGGAAAGAAGAAAGGGAAGAUAAAUCUGAUAACACUUUUUAGUAAACAUCUAAUUUAAUCUACUCUAUAAGAAUAAUUAAUUGAUCAUGCAAAGCAACAUGACUACAAUAUCUGAACAUAAACACUAAAAGAGUUUUAUAAAAGUGAAUACGAAUUCUGAUUGAUAAUAAUACAAAAUUGUAGUACCUGAUUAUUCCUCAGCAGUAAAGUUUGACAAGAUUUUAAUUAUGCAAGCAAAUGAACAGGAAAGUGAUUCUGUAAUUUCUCUUCCCAAGAAUACUUCUACAAUUGCUGUUAGUGCUGACAUAAGUAACAGUGGAAUGAUAUCUGAAUCAUUAGCAGACACUGAAUCAAACGCUGAAAAAUUACAAACAGAAAGUAUGUCUGAAUCUUCCCCAAAUGGAACAAGUGACACUUGCAAAGAAUCAGGAUUUAAAAAACCGCUUUUAUUGAUUGGCCCAAAGCGGGGUAAGAUUGGAAAAUUUCGAAUAAUGAAUGAUAAUAUAAAUCCUCCUUCUUCUGAAUCUGUGCAUGAUGAAACGACUGAAACUAUUUGUUUGCAAGAAGACAUUAAAGAUAAGCCAAUUGACAAGCCAAUUUUAAAGAGUUCUGCAGAAGAGAAUGUCUUACAAAAUGAUACAAAAAACAUUUCUGUACCAUAUUUGGAACCAAAGUGGGGUGGAAAACCGACAGAGGAAUAUAAGUUAGAAGUUCUGAAAUCUGGUGUAAUUUUAGAGAAGAUUGAUUUAACUGAGAACAGUUUUUAUGUAAUAGGCAGAUUACCUGCUUGCAAUAUGUCCCUUGCUCAUCCGACUAUCUCAAGAUAUCAUGCAAUUAUUCAAUACAGAGCAACAGAAGACGAGAAGAACUCUAAAGGUUUUUAUUUGUAUGAUUUGGAGAGCACACAUGGUACAUUUUGGAAUGGACAUCGUAUAAAAUCAAGAACCUAUGUUCGAUUACACGAUGGUCAUAUGAUUAAAUUUGGUUGUAGUCAGAGAAAAUAUAUAUUACAAGCUCCACUAGAUGAUCGAGAAGAGGAAUCUGAACUGUCGGUUACUCAAUUAAAGGAAAAGAGAUUGGAAGAAUUGCAAGAACGAAAGAUUAGACAACAAGAGGAAGAAGAAGCUGAAGAGAGAGCAAAACAAGCAGCAGAAAGUGAGGGUAUUGAUUGGGGAAUGGGAGAAGAUGCUGAUGAGGAAACAGAUCUGACAGAAAAUCCUUAUGCUUCUAUGGCAGAUGAGGAAUUAUAUUUAGACGAUCCGAAGAAAACAUUGAGAGGAUGGUUUGAAAGAGAGGGAUAUGAUUUGCAAUAUCAAGUUGAGGAAAAAGGGAUAGGCCAAUUUUUAUGUUGGAUAAAUCUGCCUAAAGAAUGUUUCGGCGGUCGUCCCAUAAAAGCGGAAGCUCUUGUUAAAGGAAAGAAGAAAGAAUCCGUUGUUCAAUGCGCUUUGGAAGCCUGCAGAAUCUUGGAUAGACACGGAUUAUUGAGACAAGCUAAUCAUGAGAGUCGAAGAAAAAAAACAAAAAAUUGGGAAGAGGAAGAUUAUUAUGAUUCAGACGAAGAUAACUUUUUGGAUCGAACCGGAACAAUAGAAAGGAAGCGCGAGCAAAGAAUGAAACAAGCUGGAAAAUUUGAAGAAAUUGAGACUUAUAAUUCAUUGACUGAAAAACAUGGUGAGAUCAUGAAUAAAAUUUCGCAUCUGACUAAUCGUUUAAAAGAAGCACAAGAAAGCAAUGCCAAAACAACAGAAUCCAACGAGGACUCUUUGGAUGCUUUUAUGUCUAAUUUAAAUACAUCUUCUUUGAAUAAAACCGAUAUAAUAAAAAUGAAGAUGGAAUUGCAAAACCUGCGUAAAGAAGAAUUAAGUUUAGUUAAAUUAAUAAAUCUUACAAAACCGGCCAAUUUGCCGCCUCUUGUUAGCCAAGUUCAGGAAGAAAGUAAAAAGGAUGAUCUGCAACAAAAGUCAAAAAUUUCUGUAAAGAAAAUCUCCCAACUUGAAAAAAGAAAACAACUUUUUGAAGCAAAGAACAAAGAUGAUUUUGCAACAGUACAAUUGUCAACUUUAGAUAGUAAUAAUACUACAGAUGAUGUAGAAGAAGAGGAAGAUGAAGAAAACGAAGAUAAUUUAAAAGAAAAAGAAGAAUGUGAUACCAAAAAAUCUACAUCAUCCAAGGAAAUAAAAUUGCAAGAUUCCAAGACUGACGACAGACUAUGUACUUUGAAAGACGUUGACAUUGAAACGAAUCAACGAAAAACGAAUAUUGGAGAUGAUAAGAAACGAAGAAAAGAUAAAAAAUCAGAAAAAUCAAAAAGUAUGAAGAAGCAAUAUGAUCAAGACGUUCACUCGAGCGAUUAUUCUACAUGGUUACCACCGCAAGAUCAAUCCGGAGAUGGCAGAACAAGUCUUAAUGAAAAAUAUGGAUAUUGAAUUCAUAUAAUAUGUAAAUUUCCCGAUUAAAUUUAUUUGACCUAAAUAA